AAUAUUAUAUAAACUGUGCCUAAACAGAACAUAUUCACCAGCUGAAAGCCUGAAACCAUGUUCUUGAGCUAGCAAUCUGUGAUAUAUAUACACAUAUACAGAGUCUUAUAUAUAUAUAUAUAUAUAUAUGAUCUUCAUCAAACUCUUGUUGUAUAGGUCCCUGAAUCAGCACAGCAAUGUCAGCGAUCCGUAACGGUGACGGCGCUUUUGAUGGCAAGUCAAUCGGUAACUUGAGAGAGAUAACGGAGGAGGAAACGGUGCGAGUGAGCAUAGAUCUGGUCGCCGCAACCAGACGACACGUCGGAUUUCUGAGACUGGUCGCUGAGUCCCACUGCUGGCUCCAUAACAGACCCACUAUUACUGAAGCUGUACGAAGGUAUGAGGAGCUGUGGAUGCCGUUGAUGUCUGAGCUUACUGUGGGGCCAAAUCCACCGUUGAUUAUUCCCCCGCUUGAUAUUGAAUGGGUUUGGUACUGUCAUACCAUGAAUCCGGUCAGUUACCGGGAAUACUGUGAGUCAAGGUUCUCAAAACUCAUCGGAAAACCGACCAUCUUCGACGAAGAGAAUCAAGAGUAUGCAUAUAAUAGAUGCAGAGAAAUUUGGGUCCGUAAAUACCCAUCUGAGCCAUUCGAAAAUGAGUUGGAUUCGGAUGAUCCCCAAGACUCAAUUGUUACAAAUCAAGAUCUUUUGGACAAGGUGUCAAACCACCAAGGUCUUUAUUCAAAGUUCUCUGAGCCAUACAUGACAGAAACAGUAUAUAUAAUCACGGCAAAGCAGAGAUACAAAGGGUUCCUGCAUAUGAUUCAGAGAUAUGGAGAUGGUUGUUCUCGUUUAGUGCCUGCUUCGGAUAUUCUACUGAUGUGGUCGACCCAUCAGAGCUAUCCUACAGUAUACGCAGCAGAUUUGGAGGAGAUUGAUGAGGAUAUGGGAAAGGUGGUGGGACUAGGGGAAGCUGUUAAGGAAGGAGAGGUGGAGGAGACGAAGAAGCUGUGGGAGAGAGUCUUUGAUCAACCAUAUGAGAAAGCUGGGGGUGCAGCCAAUGGGGGGCUUGGUCAGGUCAAGCCAUGGUUUUCCUGGGAGGUCAUGGAGUCUGAUGUGAACACUAAAUACAAGUCCAUGGUGCCCAGGUUCUUACUUGAGGUCUGUGUGACUGUGAAGCUUAAUUCAAAGAUGAAGCCAACUCAAGAGGAUAUAUCACAUGACUUUCUGCGUCUUCGGGUGGUAAGAUGUCACAGGGAGCUCAAGAUUGAUAAAUUGUUAUCCAACUUCCCCUUGGAAUCAUGGCAAAAAGCUUGGCAUCUCUACUGUGAGUUUGGAACUAGAGGAGUUGUACUCGAGCUUCGCCACCACGGUGGCUUCUUUUUCAGAGGAAGUAGCUUGCGAGAUACUGUAACAUUUCUUUGGAAUGAUUUACUACGAGCACCUUCGCUUUCUCUGGAAAGACAGGUCAAUGAAUCAGUGAGGGCUGUCACUUCGAUUACUCCACCUGCUCAAGCAUCCUAUUUGUUGAAAUGUGUUCCGGACCGGGUCACAGAUGAUUCUGGGGCCAUGAUAUCGGAUGUGAUUCUGAGGAUGAACCAGUAUCGGCCUCAAGAAGGUCGAUGGUUGUCUCGUACUGUGCUGGAUCAUGCAAGCAGAGAGUGUUUUGUUGUUCGAAUGAGGGUGGGAGGGGGCUUCUGGAGAAGAGGUGGUGAAACUCCAUUGGUGGUCAAGUGGGAGGAUAGGAUUAUAGAGAUACGUGAAGGUGGUUGGUCAUAUGUUGCUGGUUCCAUCGGUAGAGCUCCUGAGAGAGUGGUAGGAACAGCAAUACCUAGAGAGGCAUCAGAACAUUGGAAUGCUUCAUGGUACUUUUCAACCGGUGAUGAACUGAUGAUACAAUGGGAAUUGUCAACAUUGGUAUCGGGGCUGAGAUUUUCCUUAAAGAAUCAAACAUCUCCUGAUUCAACUGUGAAGUUGUUGAAAGGGCGGAAAAUGCAGUAUAAAGCUAAGAAGUUUGGUUCUGAGGUUAAAGAAGACGAGGAAAACAAAGAAAGUGCAGAAGAAAGGGAAGAAGACAACGAAGAUGAAGAGGGCUUUGUGACGCUUGUACGGACCUCAGAAGACAAUCCAACUGGAAAAGCAACAGCUCUAAUAAAUUGGAAACUAUUGGUGGUGGAAUUCUUACCGGAGGAGGAUGCAGUUUUCGUGCUACUUCUAUGCAUUUCAAUACUAAGAAGUGUAUCAGAGAUGAAAAAGGAAGAUGUGGGAAGCUUGUUGAUUAGGAGGAGAGUGAAGGAAGCAAAGCUCGGAACUAGAGACUGGGGAUCGGUUAUUCUUCACCCGUCUUCGUGCUCUCCAUUUACUUCUUCGCCUCAUCUUCGACCUUGGUAUUGGAAUGCCAAGGCGGUGAUGGCAUCUGAUGGAGAGGAUCAUAUUCAGAGGCAACCGGCGUUGAAUUAUUCUGCUGCAGAAGGUGGUGAUAAAUUGUACAAGAGAGGGAUUAUUGCUUAGAAAAGCUCAUGGUGAUAAAUUGUACAAGAGAGGGAUUAUUGCUUCCUCUAUUCAAUCCUUUUCCUCCUCCUUGUUACUGGAUAUCUCGGUCGUACACAUCUUCUCUUUGUUUCCCUGGCCUUUAGGGAGCUACAGACAGAGUUCGAAAAGGUCGAAUCUUUGAUGAUUCCAUCAUUUAUAAUUGAGUUGCAAAAACUUCUGGAUAGGUAUCCUACAUCUGAACCGAAUUCUUUCUGGUUAAAGAAUCUCUUUCUAUUUGCUCUUAAGGAGUGAGAUCUUUUGUCCAUGAAGGUCUUGAUGAAGCCAUAGGUCAUGACAAGUUGUGAAAUGAAAUCUGCUAACUUUAUGGUGCGUACAUGAAGAAAAGAAUGGCCUGAAGGAACGAAAAGAGAGAUCCAUGUGCAAUGCAUGAUAGUGAAUAUUGUCAAGUUGGGAAUAUUUCUCCAUUAGUCUAUUGCAAUUGAUUUUUCAUAAUGCAACUUGACAUGUUGAUAUGUUAUGGUUUAUGGCCAUUAAGAAAAUUUUGAUUUUACUUUCUUUGUAAAUCUAUAUGUAAGGAUUUCUACAUGAGUGUGUGUGUGUGUGUGUGUGUGUUUUUCAAGUAAAAAAAAGAAAAAAAGAAAGAUGAAAUCAUAUGGGAAUGGGUUCCGGAGUAUUGUGUGUAUCAGUCAUUUUUACUAUUAUUAUUAUUAUUAUUAUUUUGAUCU